AUGGCUUCUUCCAUCAAAAUCUCAAGGCUCAUUUCUCGCUCAAUUUCUUCUUCUACCUCAUUGUUUUCUCGAGGUAGGAAUGGCGGUUAUCGGGGUGGAUUACUCGCUAAAUAUAGCACGGCUGCUAUUGUUGACGAACAGCCGAUUAAACCAUCGGUGCAAGUAGAGCAUACUCAGCUCUUAAUUAAUGGAAAGUUUGUGGAUGCUGCUUCUGGGAAAACAUUUCCAACAUUGGAUCCAAGGACAGGGGAAGUGAUUGCUCAUAUUGCGGAGGGUCACUCUGAAGAUAUUGAUAGGGCUGUUGCAGCUGCACGCAAAGCAUUUGAUCUAGGGCCGUGGCCUAAGAUGACAGCCUAUGAAAGGCAAAAGAUAAUGCUGCGUGCUGCUGAUCUGAUUGAAAAGCACAACGAUGAUAUUGCAGCACUUGAGACUUGGGAUAAUGGGAAGCCGUAUGAACAGGCUCGUCAAGUUGAAAUUCCAAUGUUGGUUCGUCUGAUUCGGUAUUAUGCUGGUUGGGCAGAUAAGAUUCAUGGUCUCACAGUUCCAGCUGAUGGCGCCUAUCAUGUGCAGACCUUGCAUGAACCGAUUGGCGUUGCCGGUCAAAUCAUUCCAUGGAACUUCCCUCUUCUCAUGUUUGCUUGGAAGGUGGGACCGGCAUUGGCAUGUGGCAACACUGUCGUUCUGAAAACAGCUGAGCAGACACCACUGUCUGCUUUGUAUACAGCAAGACUAUUUCAUGAGGCUGGACUUCCUCCUGGUGUGUUGAAUAUAGUAUCUGGCUUUGGUCCAACUGCAGGUGCUGCUCUAGCUAGUCACAUGGAUGUCGAUAAGGUUGCAUUCACUGGUUCGACUGCUACCGGCAAAGUUAUCCUUCAACUGGCAGCUCAAAGCAAUCUUAAACAAGUAACUUUGGAGCUUGGUGGGAAAUCUCCGUUUAUUGUAUGCGAAGAUGCUGAUGUAGAUCAGGCUGUUGAGCUAGCACACUUUGCCCUAUUCUUCAAUCAAGGACAAUGUUGCUGUGCUGGGUCUCGUACAUUUGUACAUGAACGCGUGUAUGACGAGUUUGUCGAGAAAGCUAAGGUUCGCGCUUUCAACCGUUCUGUUGGAGAUCCAUUCAAGGCAGGAAUAGAACAAGGUCCUCAGAUUGAUGCAAAGCAAUUUGAGAAAAUAUUGAGGUAUAUUAGAUCUGGUGUCGAAACUGGGGCUACACUUGAAACUGGAGGAGAAAGGCAUGGCAGCAAGGGCUUCUAUGUUCAGCCUACUGUCUUCUCAAAUGUUCUGGACGACAUGCCGAUUGCAAAGGAAGAGAUAUUUGGUCCAGUACAAACCAUAUUGAAAUUCAAGAACACUGAAGAGGUAAUUCAAAGAGCAAAUAAUUCAAACUAUGGUCUUGCAGCAGGGAUCUUCACACAAAACAUAGACACUGCUAAUACUUUGACAAGAGCAUUGAAAGUUGGAACAGUUUGGGUAAACUGCUUUAAUACAUAUGAUGCUGCAGUUCCUUUUGGUGGAUAUAAGAUGAGUGGGCAAGGCAGAGAAAAAGGAGAAUACAGUAUUAAGAACUACUUGAAUGUGAAAGCUGUUGUUACUCCAUUGAAGAAUCCAGCAUGGCUUUGA